AUGGCCGACACACCUGAAGGCAUCGUUGAAUACGCCUACGACAACAUUACAGAAUGGUACCUGCAAUGGGUGCAGAGCCAGAAGUCGCCGCGACAACGAUACACCAAGCUGCUCCUAGACAAGCUGCAACCAUCCCCCUCCAUUCUCGAGCUUGGCUGCGGGCCCGGCGUUCCGAUUGUGCAAAUGCUUCUCGAUCACGGCGCCCAAGUGGUCGCAAACGACAUCUCAACCAAGCAGAUUGAGAUGGCCAAGGCGCGCUGCCCCGGCGCUAAGCUGGUGGCGGGCGACAUGACGGCGCUGACAUUCGAGCCCGCGAGCUUCGACGGUGUAAUCAGCUUCUAUACGCUGUUCCACCUUCCACGGUCCAAGCUCAAGGACAUGCUCGCCAAAAUCCAUGGGUGGUUGAAGCCCGGGGGGAUCUUCGUUUUUAAUCUGGCGACGAUCGAUGAAGAGGAAAUCCAUGGCGAGUUCCUCGGGUAUGGAAUGUUCUGGAGCAGCUACGGCGUGGACGAGAAUCGAGCAAUACUAUCGGACGUCGGGUUUGAUGUAUUGCAGGUAGAAGUCUUGCACGCCGGUGAUGGGAAGUUGGAGGAGGGCGAUCCUGACUUUGAUGCCGAGUUUAUAAUCACAAUCGAUAAGAUGGAUCCCAACGACACCAGACAGGACCGGGCCAGGUCCACCGACGCCUUCAGACAUCCUUCACCCAGCUGGCCACCCGAACGCAACACUUCCAGAGACGGCUCUAAUACCCGCAGCCGCCGCGACGCCCGCCGUCGCAGCUGGGCCGUCUCGCGACGCAGUGGCAGCGGCCUACCAAGUCUCACCCGGCGCAGCUCGCUCGCCUCCCGACUCAACGGCAAGUUCACGGUCGCCGGCCCAGACGAAACGCCGCAGAUGUGUCUGGCGCACGAGCCCUUCGUGCAGCCCGGUUACGCCGACCUGAACCCGUCGUACGAGCAGGCCUCCAACGCCAAACCGGUCUGGAGUCUGGCCAAGCCGCUGCCGCGCGUCGUGCGCUCGGGCAUGGUGCCCACGAAAGACGAGCUGCUGCAGGCGCGGGCGAAAGCGCAGAACUCCCGGCGACUGGGGGUGGAGGUGGACCCGACCGACCUGGAGCGAGGGCAGAUUAACCCGUCGCUCAACCCGCGCAAGAUCGUGGCGCAGGUCGAGGAUGCGCGCGUGCAGCGGGAGAGCAAUCUCGCGCGGAAGAUCCUGAGCAGUGAAGCAUCGUCGAUGCGGUUGUCGGAGUCGCUGAAGCGCGCGUCUACAUGGGGUGCGCCGGGCCAGCUGCCCCGAGUGGAAGAAGGGGAGGCGCUGACGGAUAGCGACGCCGGCCAGGACGACGCACUGUCCGAGCAGAGCGACGCUGGUGAAGCUGAUCCGCUCCUCGAAGCAGGCGACCCGCUCGACCUCCCUCCCAUCGACGAAAAAGCGUGUCCGGACGACCUCGACCCCCUCGUCCAGGAUCUGGUGGAGCACGAAGUGCACAACCACCACACGACGUGGUCGGUGAUCCGCACGGCGCACCGCGAAGCCCUCGCGGAAUGUCUCGCCGUCUUCGUGCAGCUCACCGUCGGCUUCUGCGCCGACCUGGCCGUCACGCUCGCCGACGCAGGGAACCCCAACACGACCGCCUGGGCCUGGGGCCUGGCCACCAUGAUGGCGAUCUACAUCUCGGGCGGCGUGUCGGGCGCGCACCUCAACCCGGCCGUCACCGUGAUGCUGUGGUUCUACCGCGGGUUCCCCAACCGCAAGAUGCCAGGGUACUUCGUGGCGCAAUUCGGCGGCGCCUUCUUCGCCGCGCUGGUCGCCUACGGCGUCUACUACCACUCGAUCCAGUACCACCGCACGACCAGCCUCGCCGACACGGGCAUCAUCGACAGCUUCGUGACCAGCCAGCGCGCGCCGUGGGUGACGCCCGCGGCGGCGUUUGUCAACGAGUUCGUCGGCACGGCCAUCCUCGCCGUCGCGAUCCUGGCGCUGGGCGACGACCAGAACGCGCCGCCGGGCGCCGGCAUGAACGCCCUCAUUGUCGGCCUCGUCAUCACCUGUCUCGGCCUCACCUUUGCCUACCAGACGGGUGGCGCGCUCAAUCCCAGCCGCGACUUUGGCCCGCGUCUGGCGCUACUCGUGCUGGGCUAUGGCAGCGAUCUGUUCCGGAACCCGUACUGGCUAUACGGCCCGUGGGCGGCGGCCAUCAGCGGCGCGUUCACAGGGGCGUUCCUGUACGACUUUAUGAUCUUCACGGGGGGCGAGUCGCCGGUCAACUAUCCGGUCGAGCGGACCAAGCGGGCGAUGAAGAAGAGUCGGCGGAGGUGGGAGCGGGCGUUGCAGAAGGCGUUUUAA